AUGCCCGUUGCCCUCCGUCGACGGCUACACUGCCAUUACUGCGGCCGGCGAUCUGCCCAAACUCAUCUCCGCACUUUCAAAUGUGAGAACUGCGAAGCAGUCAACCAUCUUGAUGAGAAUGGCGACAUCAAAGACCCUCCCACAACUGCCGCCGCCACACCGACUCGGUAUGCGAAUCCUCAGCCAUUCCGCACCUCGAGCAUCUUCUGCGCAACUUGCAUCAAGAACCAGGAGAUCGUCGAGCGUCUGAUUGCCAACUAUGUGCCGGAUGAGCGGGAUUCAAAGUAUCGAGCCGCAAUGGCUGGCCUACCAGAGUACAAGGAGCGGCUUCAUCGGGACUACCCUCAAUGCUGCGCCAACUGUGAGCCUCGAGCCAGAGCUCAGAUGGCUGCGGCGACCCGAGCAGCCGCGGCGGAGAAUCUACGCGUACAGGUUCAGAAGUCCAAGCUGAAAAGGGCAGCCAGCAUGAUAGACUUCCGAGCUCUGAUCGUUGGGUGCGCCCGUCUCGGCUACUUUGCCAGCAUCAUCGUACAGCUGCUGUGGCACUACUUUGGCUCCCAGGCCACUUCAGCGGAAACAUAUCGCGGCCCAGCACAAUGCUUCGCCGAAUGGCCUGCUCCGAAAAACUGCUACGACGGUGUACGAGAUCUGGUGCCGUAUGCAUUAGCACUCGGAAUAUUUUGCAUAUGGUGGAAUCCUGCCUGGGCUGAAAAACUCAGGGCAAGGGAGGGUUGGCUUGUUGGUCUGGGAAGAUUCUACACCCUUCAGAUCGCCAUCCUGGUUCUACGCGUUGCAGCUUGGGUCAAAGUACCGAGUGCCAACAUCUCUCAUCAGCAACGAACGACUGUGCACGCUAUGCUCCUCAUUGUCCUUACGACAUUGACCGGGUACAGCAUGACCGUCAUCCGCCUCAACACACCACCGCCCAUCGACUGGAGCUAUGAGCCACCACACUGCAGUCUCGCUUCGCCACAACGCCAGAAUCUCCGCCCGUGGCAGCCUCCAACACCACCAGUCGAGGACGAGGAUGCUAUGGACUGGGCGCCUUCCCAGAACUUCCAGCCGAGGCCUGAGCCGGCCCCUCGUGUACCUGAGCCAUCGCCAUUCUUUGGAAAGUUGCCGGCCUUGGGCAGGGGUAUGAACGAAACUCUAGAGCCCAAACAGCCCAUCGGAAUACCUCCAGGGUUCUUCGACAAUCGUGGCCCGCUGUUGGAACAACGCCGAGCUUCGAUACCUGCUCCCAUGGCAGAACCAAGCUUCUUUCCGACGAGCGUCGAUACGGGCUUGGAAAGCUUGUUCGGGUCAGUCUUUUCGCUCGGAAGCGACCGACAGUCGGCGUCGAGCAAUUCGACAUAUGCAAGUACUGCUUUCGCUCAGCCAGCAGCUACGCCGCGGGCGGCGAAUUCCCAGCAAAGAAGGCCACCUCCGGUAUAUCACACGCCAAGAGCAGCAGCGCCUGCAAGCACGGUUGACAGUGUCUCUACAACAUUCUCACUUAUCAUAUCAGUCUUCUUGCUUGGUCUCUGGCUGAUCUCCGAGCGUCUGUUGAUCGCCUUUCCAAAUUUGAGACUCUACAUCUUGGGCUCCGCGACGCUUCUGCCAAUGAUCAGACUGGUCAUGGACAGAGCUAUUUGGUCUGGCGUCUAUGCUGGUGUGAUGGGGCUUCUGGCUGUCUCGAUCGUGGCCGGAACGGUUCCGGAGGAUACUGCGUUCUCAGCAGGGGCGACCUUACUCGCACUAGAUGUGCUGGGUGUGCUGGCCUCGAAGACUCGCGGGGCAAUAAUGUCGAGCCAGGGCAGGCAGUAUUUAUAG